CCCACUUUCUCCCCUCCCCCUUUUGCGCCUCCAAUUCCUGUCUCAUCGCUUCCGAAGCAGUCCGGUCAGCAAAAAUUUCCUCGCAAUCACUCCGUGAUAUCGUUGCAAACUAACCAGAGGUCCGCCCGUUUGUUCAGAAUCGUACGAACCCGCCUUUCAAUCCGCCAAUCAAUCCCCAAAACGAAUCAAUCUUCUAUAUCCUUCCUUUGCCAUGGCAGAUCAGGCAGUUGGUGAUUUUGGCCUCAUUGGUCUGGCCGUCAUGGGCCAGAACCUCAUCUUGAAUGCGGCAGAUCAUGGCUUCACAGUCGUAGCGUUUAACCGCACUGUAUCUAAGGUCGAUCGUUUCCUAGCAAAUGAAGCUAAAGGCAAGUCGAUCGUCGGCGCCCACUCCAUCGAGGAGUUCUGCGCAAAGCUCAAAAGACCGCGCAGAAUCAUGCUCCUAGUCAUGGCCGGAAAGCCAGUUGACGAUUUCAUCGAAUCCCUCCUACCCCAUCUCGAAGCCGGUGACAUCAUCAUUGAUGGCGGGAACUCCCACUUCCCGGACUCGAACCGCCGCACGAAAUACUUAGCCAGCAAGAACAUCCGCUUUGUGGGAUCAGGUGUCUCUGGUGGUGAGGAAGGCGCCCGAUACGGACCCAGCUUGAUGCCUGGUGGAAACGAGGAGGCCUGGCCAUACAUUAAGGAUGUCUUCCAGAGCAUUGCUGCUAAGAGUGAUGGCGAGCCCUGCUGUGACUGGGUUGGUGAUGAGGGCGCUGGCCACUAUGUGAAGAUGGUUCAUAAUGGUAUCGAAUAUGGUGAUAUGCAGCUGAUCACAGAGGCAUAUGAUAUCAUGAAGCGUGGUCUAGGCAUGACCGGAAAGGAAAUGGGCGACGUCUUCGAAAAAUGGAACAAGGGCGUCUUGGACUCCUUCCUGAUCGAAAUCACCCGCGAUGUCCUGCGCUACAAUUCCGACGAUGGUGUACCCCUAGUCGAAAAGAUCCUUGACUCUGCGGGACAAAAGGGUACUGGCAAAUGGACCGCCAUUAACGCCCUCGAUCUCGGCAUGCCUGUGACUUUGAUCGGAGAGGCAGUUUUCGCCCGCUGCCUCAGCUCUUUGAAACCAGAGCGUGUUCGGGCCAGCAAGAUUCUCCAGGGACCCACCCCAAACUUCACCGGCAACAGGGAGGAGUUCAUCGAUAACCUGGAACAGGCCCUCUAUGCAUCCAAGAUCAUUUCCUACGCCCAGGGGUUCAUGCUGAUCCAGAACGCCGCAAAAGAAUACGGCUGGAAACUAAACAAGCCCUCCAUCGCUCUAAUGUGGCGAGGCGGCUGCAUCAUCCGCUCCGUCUUCCUCAAGGACAUCACCAACGCCUACCGUAACAACCCAGACUUGGAAAACCUUCUCUUCGACGACUUCUUCAACAAGGCCAUCCACAAGGCCCAGUCGGGCUGGCGCGAUGUCGUCAGCAAGGGUGCACUAUGGGGGAAUCCCCACGCCAGCCUUCAGCACGGCUCUAAGUUUCUACGAUGGCUACCGCGCGCACGAUCUACCGGCCAACCUGCUCCAGGCUCAGCGAGAUUACUUUGGCGCGCAUACGUUCCUUAUCAAGCCAGAGUGUGCUAAUGAGAAGUAUCCUGAGGGCCAGUACCAUCAUGUCAACUGGACUGGGGCGUGGUGGUAAUGUCUCUGCUUCUACGUACCAAGCAUAGCCCAUGUAGGGAGAUGAAGCGAGAACGAGAAGGAGGCCUGAGAAGGUGGGAUCAAAGUGUGCAUUUCAUAAAUAUCAAAGUAUAAAAGCAGCCAGGAUGCCUCGGAAGUUAUUAUUGUGUAUGAGUUCAUCAAUUUAUCAUUGUGGAUAUUUUCACGCGAAUGGAAAGGGAUGUCGACGAUACCGCCGAAAUCAGAUUAUGGGCAACUGGCCUCAAGGUGAUGUGGAAGUCGAAUGCGGAAGACAGGGAGGAUGGGGGACAGCAAACCAAAGAUCAAACAAAACAGCAAUAUCAACAAAACUAUCAACAGAAUGGACAGCAAGGGAAAAGCGGGCAGGAAGGGAAAGCCAAUAAGUACUCGUACAGUAGAAGAAGAUAAUCAUAUCAGGGUUGGAGCGUCUGGAGAUGGAUUUUAAGCCAACCCACCUACAUAAUCCAAAUUGAAUAUUCCUCGUUAAGUUAAUAUUAGACGAAGACGCAAUAGCUAGCU